UCCCUGAAGAUUUUACUGCAGUUUGCAUCAGCUUUGUUCUCCACGGCAUCUUCUCUCUCUCUUCAACCCACAAAAGCAACUCUCUACAACACUUUCCACCAGCUCAAUCUACCCAACAUGGCUGAUCAGCUCGACAUGGGUCGUCUCUCGAUGCACGACUCCCAGCACGCUCCCGGCAACUUCCAGGCCGAGCGCUCUGCCUAUAUCCCUCCCCACAUGCGCCGUCAAGGCGGUGGUCCUCCAGCGAUGGAUGGUCCCCCUCCAAUGAUGGACGGACAGCCACCCAUAAUGAACGGUCACGGUAUGAACGGCAGUGCAUGGGCACCCAACAACCGAGGCGGAUACGGUGGACCACCUCAACAGCGUAUGAACAACGGCGGCGGCGGCGACUGGGCGAGCGCCCCCAACUUCACACCCCGUGGCGGACAGAAUGGCUACCAGGGUGGCGGCGGCGGCAGGUUCGACUCUGGUGCCUACGGAAAGCCUGGCGGCGGCGCUUCUGCCCGCGGAUCUGGUGACGGACAGUGGAGGGACGGCAAGCACAUUCCCGGCCCUUCCAACCCCCGCGUUGAGCGUGAGCUGUUCGGCGUUCCCAAUGAUCCCUCCAAGCAACACACCGGUAUCAACUUCGAGAAGUACGACGACAUCCCCGUCGAAGCAUCUGGUCAGGGUGUGCCUGAGCCUGUCAACACCUUCACCAACCCCCCGCUUGACGAUCACCUUAUCAGCAACAUCGAGUUGUCGGGCUACAAGGUCCCCACCCCCGUUCAGAAAUACUCCAUUCCCAUCGUCAUGGGCGGUCGCGAUCUGAUGGCUUGUGCCCAGACCGGUUCCGGAAAGACUGGUGGUUUCUUGUUCCCCAUUCUUUCCCAGGCUUACCAGACUGGCCCCAGCGCUCCCCCUGCCGGUCAGCAAGGAGGUUAUGGACGCCAACGCAAGGCUUACCCUACUUCUCUCAUCCUCGCACCCACCCGUGAGCUUGUUUCUCAGAUCUACGACGAGGCCCGCAAGUUUGCUUACCGCUCUUGGGUGCGCCCUUGUGUCGUCUACGGAGGUGCCGAUAUCGGCUCCCAGCUCCGCCAGAUUGAGCGUGGCUGCGACUUGCUCGUAGCUACCCCUGGUCGUCUCGUUGAUCUGAUCGAGCGUGGCCGCAUUUCCCUUCACAACAUCAAGUACCUCGUGCUUGAUGAGGCUGAUCGUAUGUUGGACAUGGGUUUCGAACCUCAGAUCCGUCGUAUCGUCGAGGGCGAGGACAUGCCGCCCACUGCUGCGCGUCAAACUCUCAUGUUUUCAGCCACGUUCCCCCGCGACAUCCAGAUGCUCGCUCGUGACUUCCUCAAGGAGUACAUCUUCCUUUCUGUCGGUCGUGUUGGUUCCACUUCGGAGAACAUUACCCAGAAGGUCGAAUACGUAGAGGAUGCUGAUAAGCGCUCUGUGCUGCUUGACAUUCUCCACACUGGCGGCCAAACUAGUGGACUUACUCUCAUUUUCGUUGAGACCAAGCGUUUGGCCGACUCGCUUUCUGACUUCCUCAUCAACCAGGGUUUCCCUGCUACUUCUAUCCACGGAGACCGCACCCAGCGUGAACGUGAAAAGGCCCUCGAGAUGUUCCGUACCGGACGCUGCCCCAUCCUCGUCGCAACUGCUGUUGCUGCUCGUGGUUUGGAUGUCCCGAAUGUCAAGCACGUCGUCAAUUAUGACCUUCCCACUGACAUUGAUGACUACGUCCACCGUAUCGGUCGUACUGGACGUGCCGGAAACACCGGUAUCUCUACUGCCUUCUUCAACCGUGGCAACCGUGGUGUUGUCCGUGACCUCCUCGAACUUCUCAAGGAAGCUAACCAGGAAGUUCCCGCUUUCUUGGAGAGCAUUGCCCGCGAGGGCUCUGGCUUCGGUGGUGGCGGUCGAGGACGUGGAGGCGGUCGCGGCCGUGGUGGAGGUGCCAACCGUGAUGUUCGUCGCUACGGCGGCGGCGGCGGCGGCGGUGGUGGUUCCGGCUUCGGUGGCGGCGGCUUUGGUGGCGCUCCUGGUGGUGGAUAUGGUGGCGGAGGCUUCGGCGGCGGUCAAUCUGGUAGCUAUGGAGCUCCUCCCGGUGGUUACGGCGGCGGCGGCGGUGGCUACGGAGGAGGAGGCUACGGCAACCCCUCUGGCCCUGCCGGAAACUCCUGGUGGUAA